AUGGAGGAAAACGGAAAGUUGCUGACAACUAAUUACAGUUGUUUGCGGUAUUUACAGAAGAUUGUACAUUUCGAUCUAAAGGGUGCUGCACCAAAGACAUCCUAUAUUGUACAGUUAAUUCCAUUUCUAAAAGCGCUCGGUGUUGAUGGAAUUUUGAUGGAAUACGAAGACAUGUUUCCCUAUACGGGUAACUUGGAAGCACUUAGACGUCCGGAAGCUUAUAAUCAAACUGAAAUAUCAGAAAUUGUCGAAGUGGCGCAGCAGAAUGAUAUUGAAAUAAUUCCACUGAUACAAACAUUUGGUCAUCUUGAAUUCGUCUUAAAACAUAUAAAAUUUGUUCAUCUACGCGAAGUUCCCUACUUUGCUGAUACCAUCUGUCCGACAGAUGACGAGUCUUUUCAGCUAAUCACUGAAAUGUUAAGUCAGGUGUAUAGGUUGCACACCAAUUCGUCGACUAUACAUAUUGGUGCUGAUGAAGCCUAUCAUGUUGCAAAAGAUCAUCGAUGUAAACGAAAACUCGCUACUGUGUUGCAAGAUUCGGUUGAUCGCCUUAAGUUGUGGCACAUAACAAGAGUUGCAAAUCAAGCUAAAAAAAUUGGCUUUCGUAAUGUAUGGGCAUGGAACGAUAUGUUCGGCGAAACACCGGCUGAUUUACUGAAUGAAUUUCAUAUGGGUGAAGUGCUGACACCGGUUGUUUGGGGUUAUGCAAGGGAUGUAACAGUACCCGGAUAUUUUCCACCAAAUAUGUUCCAAAGAUAUGCUUCGGUUUUUGAGUCGUUACUUUUUGGAAGCGCAUUUAAAGGUGCCAAUGGAAUGACCAACGCAUUUAUCGACGUUUUUAGAUAUUUGGAAAAUCAAAUCUCUUACGUGGAACUAUUAAGGAUGCAUAGAAACACUUUGGAAGGCAAAGUUAAAGGUAUCAUAUUGACUGGUUGGCAGCGUUAUAAUCAUUUUUCUGCCUUAUGUGAAUUGUUACCGGUGGGAAUACCAUCGUUGGUUUUGGCAUUACACUUUCUAAACAACGUUGAGCUGACCACACCAACACUGUUGAGGAUGGCUCAGGAAUCACUUGGGUGUUCAGUAACAACUACAGAGCCGGUAAUAACUAGUGAACCGGAAAAUUCGACAACACCAAAAUAUGUAAAAAGUGCUUUUUUGAAUGGAAAUUUUCCUGGGAAUGAAGUUUUUGAUUUGGUUGAAGAACUUCGUUCGCUCACUGCGUUUGUCUAUGAACCAAAUCUGCCAAAAAAUGUUAAACUUAAAUUAUAUCAAGAUAUUGCUGUACUUGAACGAAAAAUUCGUGACCAAUUUCAAACAUUUUUCAAGCCGAAUACAAUUGAUGAAUUUAUAAUGCAAAACGUAGAGCCGUUAAAAGUGCAGAUAUAUUGA